AUGGUGGGCUUCCCUGUUGACGUAAUUAAAGCUCCAGAGCUGACCAGCUGGGAGCACGCUGCUCUGAUUGAGUGGCAUCGUGAGUGGGAGCGUUGCGUGGAAAAGAUUCGCCACCGAUGCUCCACCACGGGUGAGACGUACGGCAAUGUUGUUGCAACUGUCAAGGGCUCGGUGAGAUGGCAGACGCUUAAUAUCCUGGCUAAGUACGUGCUCAAUAAGCCUAUUGCGUCGGUAACCGACGCGGACAUUAUGAGUGUUGUCGAAGCACGCUGUCGUACGCUCAAAAACGAGUUCGUUCCUGACGUCUCGUCGCUGUUCCGUACGAACCUAAGGAUGAACAUGACAAUUGAUGACUGCGAUGCACGCAUCUUCCGCUACUAUGAAGAUUUUAACGGGAUUGUGGAGGCCAAUGGGCUACAAGGGCUGAUUGGGAACGAGAAUGAAGCGGACGCAGGCUACAAGAAUAGAAUUAAGGCCCAGGCGUGA